AUGAAAAUGAGGGUUAAAAUGAUAGUAGAUGCGGCAAAGGGAAUAUCAUAUUUGCAUAAAAAUGGGAUAUUACACAGAGAUAUCAAACCAGACAACAUUCUUGUGUUAUCUUCAGAUUUAAAUGAUAAAAUCAUUGCUAAGUUGACUGACUUUGGAAGUGCGAGAAAUGUGAAUAUGAUGAUGACCAACAUGACAUUCACAAAAGGUAUUGGAACACCAAAGUAUAUGGCGCCUGAAGUAUUAAAACAAGAGAAAUAUACAAAGAGUGCUGAUAUUUUUUCAUUUGGAAUAACUAUGUAUGAAGUGGUUGGGUGGUGUAAAGCAUACCCAACAGAGACUUUUAAAUUUCCAUGGAAAAUUGCGGAGUUUGUGAUGUCAGGAAAGCGACUUGAAAGACGUGAAAAUAUACCCGUCAAUUUGUAUGAAAUAAUUCAAGCGUGUUGGGUUCGAGAAAAAGCAAACAGAGUCUCCAUUGAUGAAAUAGUUAAUAUGCUAAUAAUAUGA